AUGGCACGAGCACUUGAUCUCUCUCUGCCGCCACCGACUAUGGACCGCAUACGCGCCCGCCUGCGCGCGUUAUUGAAUCCUGGAGAUGACCGAAGUUUGGCUCUGGUGCGGCGGAGGAGGGCUAUGGUGUCCGCGUUGACAAGUCGGAUACAUCUCAUUAGGCUUGCGCUGUUUGUCGCAGGAUACCUAUGGAUGCUCGUGCUUCCAUCUCCACGACUAGGCCGAUAUACAUACAUAGACGAAAAUGCCCUCCAACCCAAUUCCGUCAACACACACUGGAACUGGGGCGAUGUUGCAACUGCAGAUCGCUAUUUGGAGCAGCUUGAACGGUUGAGGGAUGGCAAUGCGACGACACGAAGACGCGCCGCCUUCCUCAGGGAUGAGUUCAUCAAGCUCGGCAUUCCUGCAUCUACACAGAACUACGCGUUUCACAGUCACUCCGGGGUCGUGAACGGAACCAAUGCUUAUGCAGUCCUCUCCGCCCCUCGUACAUCGGGGACCGAAGCUAUGGUCGUCAGCGCAUCUUGGAUCAGUCGUGUGGGAGAGGAGACAGGGACAUUGAAUCUUCGUGGCGUGGCUACUGUACUGGCCCUGGCUCAUUUCUUGAAGCAAUACUCUCUAUGGGCCAAAGACUUUGUCUUCAUCAUUAACGACGGAUAUCUUGACGGGAUGCAGGCUUGGUUGAAUGCAUACCAUGGAUCGAGCCAGUCAAAUCUCCAAUCAGACAAUCUCGAACUGACGUCCGGUGUCAUCUGGACUGCGCUCAACAUCGACUACCCUGGUCAUUCAUUCUCUCACUUGGGAAUUUUCCACGAAGGGAUCAACGGACGUCUGCCAAACCAAGAUCUGCUGAACUCAUUUCAGCAAAUAGCCCGGUGGACCGGAGGGGUGCCCGUUGUUGUGUACGACCAAGUCGACACACCGGUGGAGCUUCCCGGCUGGGUCCCGCAAGUGAUACAGGGGGAACUUGGCACGUAUCUACAGAGAGCCAAGACAGUGGGCAGGCACAUCGUCCACCAAGCAAAUGGCCGGGGCAGUGGUGUCCACGGGCUCUUCCAUCAAUUCCGAAUCGAUGCCUUGACCAUCUUUGGAGUGCCGGCGCAAGGUCCGCAUGGGUUUCAUGCUAUCGGGAGAGUCCUGGAGUCCACGCUGCGCACGACGAACAACUUGCUCGAGCGCUUGCAUGCAUCGUUCUUCUUCUACAUUCUCACCACUUCGGACUGGUUCCUCAAGAUCGGCAGCUUCCUACCGAGUGCCGUGUUGAUCAGUGUCUCGAUGAUGUUUGGCGGUCUGAAAAUCUGGUCUGAUGCUGGGUGGAUCCGUGAUCGAGGAGACGAGAAAAGCGACCCUCAAUGGCUGGAACGAAGCCGACCGGUCUUGCCUGUGUUGGCAAUUAUGCUCUGCACCCACCUUCUAGGAGCCGGGCUCCUCUUGGGUGUAACCAACAUUGAGUACAAACCGGUCCUAUUCGCUGUCUUCUCCGCGAUUCCUCUCUUGGCACUGACUAUGGACACACGGAAAGAGGGGGAUGAUACGGCGUCUGUGUCCUCGAUACUCAAAGCGCUCAAUUUGUGUUUUGCGUCGACUGUGAUCUCCAUUACAACGGUCGUCAAUUUCUCCCUUGCGAUGUCGCUUGCUAUCUUACUGGGCGUCCCAUUGUCUCUCUCAUCCCCCACUCGAUCAGUGCCUACAAAGCUACUCUGCUUUGCGCCAUAUACUGUGCUCGGACUGGGAUGGUUGUUCGCCCGCCACGAAGUGGCCAAAACGGUGUGGGCGUGGGAUGUACUGGGUGUAUGGUUACUGCCGUCUGCGUGUAUUGUAUAUACCCCGUUGGUGCUUCAGGCAGGACUGGACAUCUCCGUGUCUGAGCCAAAGAGAUCGUCGCCGACCUCUUCAGCUUCAGAAUUGAUAUUGACUUGGGCUCGUCUCGCUGGGCCAGUUUCAUCUCCAGGUCAGCAGUCAAUUUCUUGA